AUGCAUGCGCUCUACCACUAUCACUGUCUCUGCACACUCUCUUCAAGUGAUAAAACUUGGCAGAGCAGGAAACUUCCUGGCCGGGCGGCAGUUCAAGGAAAGAUGGAUGGAUGUUCUCUCACCGACAUUUCCGGUCACUCCACCAUCACAGUCCCAACAAACACAUCCCCAGAUGGACACGAGCCUUAUGACUCUGAAUUUAAGAGCCAGCGCUGGCCAGCGUGUGCCCAAGACCCCUCUCAAAGCAUGCCACUACUGAAGAGGCUGGAAGGCCAGGGUUUGAACGUCACAAUGGAAAUGGAAGCCGAUGGAGAAAAAUUGAGCAAAAUACAGCCGCAGACAGGGAAAAGUUGGGGACGAAUCUGCAGAGCCCUGAGCUACGUCACGGGUGAUAUGAAGGUGAUGGGAGACUGGCUGAAAGAUAAGCCUCUGAUGUUGCAGUUUCCUGACUGGGUCCUGCGUGGUGUAUCUCAAGUGAUGUUUGUCAGCAACCCACUCAGUGGUCUGAUCAUGAUUGCUGGGUUCCUGGUCCAGAGCCCGUGGCUCACACUCACAUGUUGCAUUGGAGUCAUCGUCUCGACUUUAACAGCACUCAUCCUAAGCCAGGAGAGGGCAGCCAUUGCUGCAGGACUAUACGGGUACAAUGGAGUCCUGGUAGGAAUGCUCUUGGCUGUGUUCUCGGACAAGGGGGAAUAUUAUUGGUGGCUUUUGCUUCCUGUCGUUCUCAUGUCCAUGACAUGCCCUCUUUUCACAAGUGCUUUAGGCUCGCUCUUCAGUAAAUGGGACCUUCCGGUUUUCACGUUGCCCUUCAACUUGGCUCUGAGUCUGUUUGUUGCCACCACCGGUCACUACAACCCCUUCUUCCCCACAACACUUAUUCAGCCCAUAACCUCGGUGCCGAACAUCACUUGGAGAGAGGCCCAAGCAUCGUUGCUUUUGCAGUCUAUCCCGGUAGGAGUUGGACAGGUGUAUGGCUGUGACAAUCCUUGGACUGGAGGCAUUGUCCUGGUGGCUCUGUUCAUUUCCUCCCCUCUUAUCUUCAUUCAUGCUGCAAUUGGCUCAGCACUGGGGGUGCCUGCAGCACUGAGCCUAGCCACUCCUUUUAACAAAAUCUAUGCCGGUUUGUGGAAUUACAACAGCUGCCUCUCGUGCAUCGCAAUAGGGGGCAUGUUCUACGCCCUCACCUGGCAAACCUUUUUGCUGACACUUGCUUGUGCCCUCUUUACCGCCUACACAGGAGGUGCACUGGCCAAUAUGUUUUCCGUGUUUGGAAUGCCAUUGGGAACAUGGCCUUUUUGUUUAUCUUCGCUCACCUUCCUGCUCUUAACGACCACCAACGAUGCCAUCUACAAGCUUCCUCUUUCCAAAGUCUCCUACCCAGAAGCCAACCGGGCCUAUUACUUGGCAAGAAAUGAUGAACACCACCCCAAACCUACCUGCGAUGUGUAACAGACUAAAUUUCAGGCAUCUUCUUGUCACUACAAUAGAGGUGGUGUCUGCACUUCUCAAGGAAGAAGCAGAGCACAGAACAAAAAUCAGCCUUCACUUGUCGAGGAGCUCUUCCUCCCUUUUAGGUCGCGGACACUGGAGCAGAACGAUUCAGAAUUCUGUACGCAUCACAAACAGAAGUGGACACACUAGCCAGUUCGCUUGGAAAGGUGCAUGAUGCUAAUGGAGGAAAUAAGGGUUGAGAUCUGAGACGGCCAACUGCAGGCUCAUUGGCUGGAGCUGACCCCCUGAAGCUGCUAUCACCUGAGUGUGUGUGUGUGUGCGUGUGUGUGUGCGUACACAUGUGCAUACACGCACACAUGUACAUACAUACUUGUAUAUCUAGAAUCAAAGUGUGGGUUUUUUGUCUUUUUUUUUAAGUGUCAUUUGUAAGGAAGAGGAAGAAAAUGUUAUCGUGUGUAACAAAGGAUAUUGCAUACCUUCACGCAAGUUCUCUGUUUGGGAUUUUGCAUAUAAUGCCGAGCCGUGCUUGAGUACAUGUGCUUCAUUACUAAGACAGCUUUGCUGUUGGAGAGGAUCAUCUUUAUUAUGGAGCCUGAACACUCGUGUGGGGACCAGUUUGUGUGUCCAGAUACAUAUUGAGGCCCCAGACUGUUCUGGGGAACAGAAUGGCUCCUAAGAAUAGAGGCAUUGGUCAUCCCUAGAUUAUAUGAUGUUCAAUCAAGAGGACAUCUUAUUGAGGGCGUAAAGCACGCAAUGGGGGGAGAUGCUUUUGGAAAGUAUUUUGUAUUAGUUAUGUGCAACAAGCAUGUCAGACUGCACUUAAUAGAAGAGAUCUAAGUCGGGUCUGCUAACCAAACUUGCAUAGUUUCUGCCUCCUUGCUAGAAUCUCCAUGGUUGAUUGAUGGGUUUAAAAUGUGCAAACUAAAAGUGUAUACUCGAGAUCAUUGAAUAGUUGAGAAAAAACUAAUCUGUAUUAACGAAUCCUGAGUACACACCCUUGCUUAAGGGCAUGAGAAACGUCUUCUUGCUGGGUCAGACCAACAUCCUAGGCAAGAACUGCAGCAACCAGCAGGCGCUCCGUCUGCUGGCUCCUAUGCUGGUGGGGCUGGUGGGUCCUACAACACCUGGAGGGCCAUAGGUUCUCCAUCCCUGCACUAGGUAGCUCAGCGGUAAAGAAUCUGUUUUGCAUGCAGAAGGUCCCACGUUGAACCCCUAGCAUCUUUAGUUGGGGCUGGGCGUGCCCCCUGCCUGAAAUCCUGGAGAGCUUCUGCCAGUUAGACAGUCCUGAGCUAGAUGGGCCAAUGAUCUGACUCGGAGUAAACAACUCGCAUUCAGAAAGUGGCCAGUGGAGAAGCGAAAGGAGGGUAGGCACAGUAACGGAGGAGAGAGAAAGUCAGAGAGAUGAAAUCCGAUGACUUUAUUGGCCCAGCGCUUUUCAUAAUGCCAUGCUGCUGCUUCAGGGCACCACAAAUAAGCAUAUUGAGCAUUUCAUAUCGCGCAGCACUAUUUAAAACAAUUAUACAAUAUAGUAAGGGUGAAACUACUAUCAUUACAAUACUGGCAGGGAAUCAGAUGCUCAGCAAUACAAGCUCCCAAGCCAUUGGUAGCACUUUGUCUCCAGACCAUAGUUUGUAAAGCUCCUUCAAAUCAUGGUUUGGAGGCUUGACACUAACCGUAGUUUGCCAGUGUGGGUAUCUCGGCAAAUUAUAGUUAGGAAAAGCAUAGAAAGUAAAUGAGGGAACUCCUGAGAAGCACGUUUUGGAGGAUCAGUUCAUAACGUCUGAAUUGAUGUGUUUAUAGCUGAUCGUGUUAUUGCAGCUAGUGUAAUAAAUGUGUCUUAAGGGUGCUGGUGUUUUUCU